AGCAUCUGUCCCAGGUUGGUCGCUGUCGCUUUUGCAGAAGUUGGAGCCGGUGGGCAGUUGAAAUGUUACCUAGAGAGAGAAGGGAUCAGGGGCCGAGGCUGCUUGUUUUGCGCCGAGCAAGCGUGGCUGAGUGUUAGAUGGAUAAACAUUUAAGGAACAAUCUGAAAUUCAAUUCAAAGAGAAGAUAAAGUGAUAAUAGGUAAAAGGCUUUUUAUUUUGACAGCAUGUCCAGCAAGGAAGUAAAGACUGCUCUAAAAAGUGCUAGAGAUGCAAUCAGAAACAAAGACUACAAAGAAGCUUUGAAACAUUGUAAGACAGUGUUAAAACAAGAGAAAAAUAACUAUAAUGCCUGGGUUUUUAUUGGUGUUGCUGCAGCCGAGCUAGAACAACCUGAUCAGGCCCAGGGUGCCUAUAAGAAAGCUGCUGAGCUAGAGCCAGACCAAUUACUAGCUUGGCAGGGGUUAGCAAGCUUGUAUGAGAAAUGUAAUCACAUAAAUGCUAAGGAUGACUUACCUGGUGUUUACCAAAAGCUCCUGGAUCUUUAUGAAAGUGUUGACAAACAGAAGUGGUGUGAUGUCUGUAAGAAACUUGUGGAUCUGUAUUACCAAGAAAAGAAACACGUAGAGGUGGCCCGAACAUGGCACAAAUUGAUAAAGACACGGCAGGAAGAAGGUGCAGACAACCAAGAACUUCAUCAGCUAUGGAAGAAAUUGACUCAGUUGCUGGCUGAGAGUACUGAGGAUCAGAAUAAUGAGACCCAGCAAUUGCUCUUAACUGCUUUUGAGAAUGCACUGGACUUAUCAGAUAAGAUUCCUAGUGAAGAUCACCAGGUGCUUUAUAGACAUUUCAUUCAGUGUUUAUCCAAAUUUCCUCAUGAGACUGCUAGGUUGAAGAAGGCUUGUGAAGGAAUGAUAAACAUCUAUCCUACUGUACAGUAUCCAUUAGAAGUGCUUUGUUUGCAUUUAAUUGAAACAGGAAGCCUUACUGAUGAGGGAGAACAAUACUGUUGCAGAUUAGUGGAAAUGGAUUCAAAAAGUGGUCCAGGUCUCAUUGGUUUAGGCAUUAAAGCAUUACAAGACAAAAAGUACGAAGAUGCUGUUAGGAAAUUAACAGAAGGGUUAAAGGAAAGCCCUCUCUGCACAGCUGGAUGGUAUCAUCUGGCAGAAGCCCAAGUCAGAAUGCAUAAACCUAAGGAAGCUCUUCUUUCAUGCAAACAAGCUCUGAAGAACAUAGAUAAUCUUGGUGUGUCUGGUGGCAAUCUUCAUCAGAAGAAUCUUUGUCUUCAUUUGAAAGCAGAGGCUUUGAUUAAACUCUCAGAUUAUGAAUCUUCAGAGGAAGCAAUUCGUACUCUUGAUCAGGUUUCUGAUGCAAAUAAUAUCCCAGGACUUUUGCUUCUCAAAGGCUUGGCCUAUCUGAACAAAGGCUCAUUAGAUGAAGCUUCAAAGAUUAUGGAAGACCUUCUCUCUUCUUACCCUGACCUAGCUGAAGCUCAUGCCCUGGAGGCUUUGAUUCAUUUUACCAAAAAGGACUAUCUACAAGCAGAAAAAUGUUUUCAGCUAGCUCUUGAGAAAGAUGCUGAAAUUGCUGAAUAUCAUUACCAACUUGGGUUAACAUAUUGGUCCAUGGGUGAAGAAACAAGAAAAGAUAAAACAAAGGCUCUUACCCAUUUUCUAAAGGCUGCCAAACUGGAUACAUACAUGGGCAAAGUUUUCUGCUAUUUAGGUCAUUAUUACAGGGAUGUAGUAGGAGAUAGAAACAGAGCCCGUGGAUGUUACAGGAAAGCUUUUGAAUUAGAUGACACUGAUGCUGAAUCUGGAGCUGCAGCAGUUGACUUAAGUGUAGAGCUUGAAGAGAUGGAAACUGCCUUAGCUAUCCUAACAACAGUCACUCAAAAGGCAAGUGCUGGAGCGGCAAAAUGGGCCUGGCUUAGGCGAGGACUAUACUAUUUAAAAGCUGGUCAACAUUCUCAAGCAGUGGCUGAUUUACAGGCAGCAUUGAGGGCAGACCCAAAGGACUUCAAUUGUUGGGAGUCAUUAGGAGAGGCAUAUUUAAGCAGAGGUGGCUAUACAACAGCCUUGAAAUCCUUCACAAAAGCCAGUGAGCUGAACCCCGAAUCCACAUACAGCGUGUUUAAGGUUGCAGCAAUACAGCAAAUCCUAGGCAAAUAUAAAGAGGCGGUAGCUCAAUACCAGCUGAUCAUUAAAAAGAAAGAAGAUUAUGUGCCUGCUUUGAAAGGUUUGGGUGAAUGCCAUCUGAUGAUGGCAAAAGCAGCUCUAGUCGAUUAUCUUGAUGGGAAAGCUGUAGACUACGUAGAGAAAGCACUGGAAUAUUUUACUCGGGCUCUGCAGCAUCGAGCUGACGUGUCUUGCCUUUGGAAGCUAGUUGGGGAUGCUUGUACCAGUCUGUAUGCUGUCUCACCAUCUAAAGUGAAUGUUAGUGUCUUAGGAGGCCUCCUAGGUCAGAAAGAAGGAAAACAAGUAUUAAAGAAAAAUGAGCUCCUCCAUCUUGGAGGAAGGUGUUAUGGUCGUGCAUUAAAACUGAUGGCUACAUCUAAUACGUGGUGUGACCUUGGAAUUAAUUAUUAUCGCCAAGCACAACAUCUAGCAGAAACAGGCAGCAACUCGAAUGAUCUUCAGGAGCUGUUGGAGAAAUCUUUGCAUUGUCUGAAAAAGGCUGUGAGACUUGACAGUAAUAAUCACUUAUACUGGAAUGCUCUUGGUGUAGUUUCAUGUUACAGUGGUAUUGGAAAUUAUGCCCUUGCUCAGCACUGUUUCAUCAAAUCAAUCCAAUCAGAACAAAUUAAUGCUGUUGCAUGGACCAACUUGGGAGUGUUAUACCUUGCAAAUGAAAAGAUUGAGCAAGCACAUGAAGCUUUCAAAAUGGCUCAAUCCCUUGAUCCAUCUUAUUUAAUGUGCUGGAUUGGACAAGCUCUAAUUGCAGAGACAGUUGGAAGUUAUGACACCAUGGAUCUCUUCAGGCACACUACAGAACUCAGUAUGCACACGGAGGGAGCAAUAGGUUACGCGUAUUGGGUCUGUACAACAUUGCAAGAUAAAAGCAACAGAGACACGGAGCUGUACCAGUACAACAUCCUCCAGAUGAAUGCAAUUCCAGCAGCACAAGUGGUUUUGAGUAAAUACACAGGAAGAAUUCAGAAUUAUGCUCCAGCUUUCACAAUGUUGGGUUACUUAAAUGAACAUCUACAGCUGAAGAAGGAAGCAGCAGAUGCGUACCAAAGGGCAAUUUUGUUGUUACAGACUGCAGAAGACAGCGAUGCUUAUAAUGUUACAAUAAGAAAUUAUGGCAGAUUGUUAUGCUCUAUUGGUGAAUAUGAUAAAGCUAUCCAGGCUUUUAAGUCAACACCCCUUGAGGAGUUAGAAGACAUCAUAGGUUUUGGAUUGGCUUUAUUUAUGAAGGGUCUGUAUAAAGAGAGCAGCAAAGCCUAUGAGAGAGCCUUGUCUACUGUUGAAUCAGAGCAAGACAAAGCUCAUGUCUUGACAGCUCUGGCAAUAGCAGAGUAUAAACAAGGAAAAAUGGACGUAGCCAAGACAUUGUUAUUUAAAUGCUCUAUCUUAAAAGAACCAACCACGGAAAGCCUUCAAGCCCUGUGUGCUCUAGGAUUGGCAAUGAAGGAUGCGACACUGUCAAAAGCUGCACUUAAUGAGUUACUGAAGCACUGCAAACAGAAAGACAAUGAUUAUCAGAGGUACCUUCUUACUUCAGCGAUCUAUGCACUGCAAGGUCGCACUGUGGCAGUGCAGAGACAAGCAUCUAAAGCUGUUCACAGUAACCCAGCUGAUCCUGCUCUGUGGUCUUUGUUGUCCCGAGUGGUUGCUCAGUACACUCAACGAAAUGCAAAGGGAGGUGCGGUAGCAGGAAAUGUGGCUCAUAUUCUGGACUCAAAUCAUGGAAAGAAGGCAUUACUAUACACUGCAGUAAAUCAGUUGGCUAUGGGAAGCAGUUCAGCAGAUGGUGAGAAAAAUACUGCACUAAAGGCCAUUCAGAAGGCAGCUCUCCUUUCUCCAGGGGAUCCUGCUGUCUGGGCUGGGCUAAUGGCAGCUUGUCAUGCUGAUGAUAAACUGGCCCUAGUGAAGAACACUCAGCCAAAGAGGAUGGAUUUACACUUGGCACUGUUAUCUGCUGUUUCUGCUUCAAACAAAGAAUUCUUUGAAAAUUACAACCAAUCUCUUGAAAAGUGGUCUCUCUCCCAAGCUGUCACUGGUCUAAUAGACACAAGAAGAAUAGCUGAAGCUGAAGCCCUCUGCACAAAGAAUUUAAAAAGUAACCCUGAUCAGCCAGCUGUUAUCUUACUUUUGAGACAAGUUCAAUGUAAACCACUCCUAGAGUCAAAAAAAGCUCUCCCAGAUGCUGUACUUGAAGAGCUGCAAAAAACAGUCAUGUCCAACUCAACCUCUGUUCCAGCUUGGCAGUGGCUGGCACACAUAUAUCAGUCCCAAGGAAUGAUGGGUGCUGCAGAGAUGUGUUAUAGGAAGAGUCUACAAGUAGCAUCCCAACAGGGCAGCUGGAGUGGGAAACUCUCAAGCCUGUUGAGACUAGCACUGCUUGCAUUAGAAGUCUGCAUGGCUAAUAUUUCCAGUGAUCACUGGCCAUCCUUGGUUCAAGAAGCUACAACUGAGGCCUUGAAACUUUGCUUUUGUCCGCUGGCUGUCCUUAUACAAGCUUUGCUACAAUUCAAACGCAAAAUGGGAGCAAGAGAGACGCGGCGACUUUUAGAGAGAGUGGUGUAUCAGCCUGGGUAUCCCAAAUCUAUUGUUUCAACAGCACGUUGGUACCUUCUGAGACACUUACAUGCCAAAAAUGACUACGAGCUCAUCGAUGUGCUGGUAAACAAUGCCAAAACUCAUGGAGAUACAAGAGCACUGGAACUGAAUCAGAAAUUGUCCUCACAAUAACAAUGCUUUAUUUUAUAGUAAGCAAGCAAAGAAAAAGCUAUUAGAAUGAAACAAAGAAUCAAGACUUUUCCCCAAAGCAACAUUUAAAAAAACUAUAGUUGUAAUCAUCCAUUCCUUUUUUAAAUCUAAAGACGUUUAAGUUCUUAAGCUAGGGGUAUAAUUUUCCAUAAACUCUUAAUAUAACUUUAAUUUGAAAAAUAUCUUUGAUUUUGAGAAGUCUAUAAUGAAAGGAAAAACCAUGGUUCCCUUAGUUGUUCAUUAGUUAUUUGUAAAUCAUUAUUUUCUCUAUCUUGCAUGGUUCACCAUUAGACUGUUUUUUGGUAAUCCCUUACAAUAAAGCCUUAAUAGGCAUUUGCUAAAUAAUAUGCAAAAGGAGAUUAGCACAAUGCAGAAUUUUAUUUAUUAAACAACAAAUUCAAAGAUUUAAUUCCUUCUGUGAAUUCCUGAGUUCAGCAGACCAACUCAUCUAAAAUCCAGAUAAUCUUACAAUCUGUUUUAUUAGUGGUUCAUCUUGGAUUCUGCUGAAGAAGCGUAAUAUAAAUGUUAGGUGAAUCUUAGACUGCUAAUGGAUAUGUUUAUAUAAAUCAAAACACUCAGGUGUAAAGCUGCAUUUAAAACAUUAAUGAAAAAUUUUGGAAAAUAAUGCUGACAAUAUUUAACUGAUCAUGCAGUUCCUUCAAUCAUGAUGAAAAGAUGAA